AUGUUGGUGGCUCACCGUGGGAGAACGAGUGAGCUACUGCCUGGCACCACCACACCCUGGAAGGUGCAGUUGAGAAGAAGGUUUCGAGGCUGUAGACAUGUGGGGAUCAGAUGCUGGAGAAACCCCCUGCUGCUGCUGAUUGCCCUGGUCCUGUUGGCCAAGCUGGGUCACUUCCAAAGGUGAGAGGGCUUCCAGGAGGAAGCCUGAGCAGCAGAAGAACAUGAAUUCAGCAGCAACUUCUUCAUUCAGUCCUACAACAAUGCCAGCAACGACACCUACUUAUAUCGAGUUCAGAAGCUAAUUCGAAGUCAGAUGCAGGUUUCUGACAACAAGGUGGAGUAUAUAGUCACUGUGAAGGUGCGGACCAAAUGCAAGAGGAAUGGCCACGAGCAAUUCUUCCUGUCCUUGCAAAGCAAGAAGCUGAGAAAGAGUUUAAUUUGCGAGUCUUUGAUAUACACCGUGCCCUGGAUAAACUAUUUCCAGCUCUGGAACAAUUCCUGUCUGGAGGCCGAGCAUGUGAGCAGAAACCUUGGAUGAGGGCUCAGACGAUUGAGUUGUGCACUGGCUGUUAAUAAACUGUAAAGGAUCAUGU